UUUCCGCGUCCCCCGCCCGGCCCGGCCCGGCCCGGCCCCGCCGCCACCAACAGCGGCACCAACGGCGGCACCGGCACCGCGCCCGGCACGGGCCCCCCGCAGCGCCCGCAGCAUGUCCCGCGUGCCCGUGGGGAAGGUGCUGCUGCGCAACGUCAUCCGCCACACCGGAGCGCACAACAAGCUUCAGGAAGAGACAGAAAUGUGGAAAAUAAGGGAGUGGGAGAAGCAGACAGAAGAGACUUACUGGAAAAGGCAGAGCAGAAUGCUGUCAGACACCUCCAGCAGUCGCAUGCGCAGCGAUGGAUUCGACGAGGAGGGACACAGGGCAGACUGGAAAUCCAGGAACCCACAGCUCCUCGACCUGGUGGAAGAUGAUCUCCUCAGGGCCAGAUCCUGGAAUAAAAAGCUGUAUGAAUGUGAAGCCAACAUGCCAGACAGGUGGGGGCACAGUGGAUAUAAAGAGUUGUACCCUGAAGAAUUUGACACAGACAGUGAUCAGCAGGAAGGAGAUGAGCAAAAUGCCGUCAAUGGGAAGAAGAGAUCCCACCUGGGGAAGCAAACAGCCAGCGAGUCCCACAAGAGGAAAAAAACCAAGAAAUCCCACAAAAAGAAACAAAAAAAGCGCUCUCACAAAAAGAGGAAGAAAAAGAAAAAGGAGCAGGGGAGAACUUCCACAGAUUCCUCGCGGGGGGAGAGCGAGGGCUCGGGAGAGGAGACUCCAAGCACCCGCAAGGGAAAACACAAGCGCAAGAAAAAGCCCAGGAAAGUGCCUGCCAAGGAACCUACCUCUUCUUCUGGGCAGGAGAGUGACUUUUCCCAUGCAAGCAGCUCCAGCACCAGCAGCUCUGAGGACACUGAAUCCGGGGGGAAAAAGGAGAAACGGCCCCCGAGGAAGAGAAAGAAGCGGCACAACUCGGUGCCAGAGAGGCCGAGUGAAGUGCCGGAGAAAAGGAGCAAGAGGAAGAACUGGAAGGUGGCGGGGGAUGAGAAAUCUGAGGACAGCUCUGAUGAGGACUGAGAGGUUUGGGUGCAGCUCAGAGCAGGAGGGGAGGACAGAGGCAGGUGUUUGUCACUCAGCACUGCCCCACUGCUCCAGCACUGUGGUUUACACACACCCUGCCAGCCCACAGGGCUCGCCAGGCCAGCACCUGCCCGGCCCACAGCUGGGCUCAUCCUGCCAGCUUCAGAUUCUUUGGUUGUGAUCAGGUUGAGUUUUUUUUCUUAAAUUACGUUUGAACAGAUUGCUCUUUUGGCUCACCAGAACAAUGGCCAGUAGGAGAGAGGACAGGUUGUAAAUCGAGCUGCUAACAGAGGAAAUGUCACUGUAACUGACCCCCAUGGCAGUUUUGUCUUCCCAUCUCCACCAAAAGCAGAGCUGUGGGGGCAUGUACAGGGUCAGCUGGCCAGGGAGGGGAGCUGGGGGAAUGUUCCCAUUCCAGCUGGAGGUGCAGUGACUUCUCUAAGGGUGAAAAAAGCUCAUUUUGCUUGGUUUAACUCCUGUCUGUGGGCUGGCCACCGUGUCUACCUUCCUUCCUUCCUUCUCCACGGGGAUGCUGAAACCAUCCGUGCUGACAGAGAGGCCUCGGUGGGUGCUGUGUCCUGUCUCUGCUCUGCCCAGUGUGUUACUGGAGAAACUGGUACCAGGCCGUUCUCCCUGCAGCGAACAGCCAAGCCUUUUAAUAAAAUGAAUAAAUCCAGAUGUGUUUGAUGCUUUUGUCACUGUUC